GAGAGAGACGAAAUAGCCCAAUGCUGCACUUAAAGGGCCUACUGUAAAAGCCCGAAUGUAUACUUAAAUGGGCCGACCGAGUGAUAACAACAGCAAAGAGAGCUGCGUUUCACGAGUUUCUUCAUCACCCUUCCUCGCGCAGAAAGCUAGAAGCAGUGAACCCCUAGAAUAAUGGUGAAGCUCACGGCUGAUUUGAUCUGGAACAGUCCACACUUCUUCAAUGCCAUCAAGGAGCGAGAAUUGGAGCUACGAGGUAACAAGAUCCCUGUAAUCGAGAACUUAGGUGCUACUGAGGACCAGUUCGAUACAAUUGAUUUGUCUGAUAAUGAGAUAGUUAAGCUGGAAAACUUCCCACUCCUCAACCGCUUAGGAACUUUGAUCAUAAACAACAACCGGAUCACCAGGAUUAAUCCUAACAUUGGAGAGUUUCUACCAAAGCUGCACACUUUGGUUCUAACCAACAACAGGCUUGUGAAUUUGGUUGAAAUCGAUCCCCUUGCCUCCAUUCCGAAGCUGCAGUACCUUAGUUUAUUGGAUAAUAAUAUCACCAAGAAGCCAAACUAUCGCCUUUAUGUGAUUCACAAGCUGAAAUCGCUUCGAGUACUUGAUUUCAUUAAAGUCAAAGCCAAGGAGAGAGCUGAAGCUGCGGCAUUGUUUUCAUCUAAGGAAGCGGAAGAGGAGGUUAAGAAGGUAUCUCAGCAGGAGGUUCAAAAAGUGUCGGAUGCUACAGAAGAAUCAGAGGCUCCAAAAGUGGUGGCCCCAACACAGGAGCAAAUUUUAGCAAUCAAGGUGCGGUUAUCUCUAAACCGGGUCAAAUUGAUUUUAAAAAGAAGCCAAAGCCAAGGCUGCAAUUAUCAACUCCCAGACGAUAGAAGAAAUUGCAAGACUCGAACAGGCUUUGAAGUUUGGCCAGGUUCCUGCAGGCCUGAUAGUUCCUGAUCCUGCAUCUGGUGUUAAUGACGGUUCUGGUCCUAUGGAGGAAUAGAAAAUGUGGCAGUUGCGCUCCUUCAGUCCGUAGUAGCUGCUGCUGGAAUGCUCACAGAAAUUAUAUCUUACAAGCUUCACGGUCAUGCAAGGUUUCUGUCGCUUCUUUAGGAAAUUGUAAACUACUUCUGCUCAAGAGCAUGUGUUUUUGAACCCUUGGGAAGAGUGGCUGAGAGGAUUGUAAUCUUUAGUCUGCAAUCAGAGAGAGAGAUGGUGCACACUGAAUUUACCAAUGCUCUUUUUCGCAUUAUUGUCUCUUCUCACUUUAUCUUCAAUCAUUGUAUACUUAUACCGAGGGAAAACAUAACAGGUCGAUUUCCAUAUUCCACCGGUUUAUAAGCAAAACACUCGUUAAUGAUAGAUGAAAGAAUGCACUUUUACA